UGUAGGCGGAACGUGCUGCACACUGAAUGUGUAUAAGCAGGCAUUUUAUGACCUUUCACCCUACGUUACCAGUCACCUUUCACCUUGCUGCUCCAGACAGACGCUUGCAGGAGGAUUGUGCGGAGGUGCUAAUCAUCACUGGAAGCAGGUUCGACAUGGCAGAGGCAUGUGAUGGGUCUCCUACUGCUGUUCCCCAGAAUCUCGGUUAUGGGUCUCCCACUGGAUGUCUACGUGACCGGGAGGCAAGUAAAACCGAAGACCAGCCAACAGCGAGCAAAACCAGUUUGGUCAGUCAACCGGAAGCAAACACAGGUGAUAAGCCCUACAUGUGUGGGGAGUGUGGGUACAUGGCAGCUCGGAAGUCUCUAUUAUCCGAACAUACGAGAACUCAUACCGGUGAAAAACCGUACAAGUGUGACCAGUGUGACUAUUCUGCUGCACGGAAGUCCAACUUGAACCAACAUCUAGCCAUGCACACUGGUGACAAGCCCUACAUGUGUGGGGAGUGUGGGUACAGGGCAAUGCAAAAGUCUACCUUGACUAUACAUAUGAGGACUCAUACGGGUCUAAAACCCUACAAGUGUGACCAGUGUGAUUAUUCUGCUACAUGUAAGUCCACCUUGAGCCAACAUCUAGCCAAACACACUGGUGUCAAGCCCUACAUGUGUGGGGAGUGUGGGUACAAGACAGCUAAGAAUUCUGAUUUGUACCAACAUCAAGCAAAACACACUGGUGAUAAGCCCUACAUGUGUGGGGAGUGUGGGUAUAGGACAGCUCACACGUCUCACUUAUCCCGACACAUGAGAACACACACGGGGGAAAAACCCUACAAGUGUGACCAGUGCGACUAUUCUGCAACAACGAAAGGCAGUUUGGAUUAUCAUCUAGCCCAACACACUGGUGAUAAGCCCUUCAUGUGUGGGGAGUGUGGGUACAGGACAGCUCACAAGACUGACUUAGUAAAACAUAUGAGAACUCAUACCGGUGAAAAACCUUACAAGUGUGACCAGUGUGACUAUUCUGCAACAAAGAAAUCUACAUUGAACAACCAUUGUAAAACGCACCGGUGAAUAACACUACGGUACCACUGCUUUAUGUCAUCUCGCUGUAUACAACAUACCGAUGAGUAACUCUGAAUGCGUAGAGUUAGAGACAAUUAUAGAUAUCACGGCAAUAUCGCCAGUCUUUGAACUUCGACAGAAAACUCCUACAUUACCCAGACUACCGCCAGUGGUUCCACUGUCGCCAUGGAGACACAUGGUGAACAGCAACAAUGUGACAGUACCAUAACAUACUUAUGAUGCUCGGACACCGCUACUCCAAUCUGAGAAACAUGUUACACUAGAGAUUUUUAUACCAGUUAUGAGUUCAAACGAGGUUAGAACAAUAAGAUGUGCAUGCUACUGAUUUUAGUGAUAUUCGUACUUGGUGUUUAUAUGA